AUGUUCCCCUUGCCGCUCCUGCCCUCCUGUGAAACGCACGACAACCGCACCGUGGUGACUGCUGGCUGGGCGCGGACACCACGUCACUUCCCAGGUACCUCCUGUCCUCUUCCCUCUCGCGCCGCGGCGACUGCUGUGUCUCUUUCCCGUUCGGGGCGCGAGGAGCCAUCAGAGCCGACGGCCGCGCGAGGGCGGCUCCCCUUCUUCUCUGUGCCCCGCGCGGGACACCGCCCCCGGACGUUCGCGUGCGGCAGCGGCGCAAUCUGGUUUUCUUCUAUUCCAGCAGCCCCGCAUCAUCUACUCCUGCGAGCGCGGUCAUCCAGGGCGAUGGGAGGUUAUGACUCUACAGGUUAUGAGCCUGCCCUUUCUGUGUCAGAGAUGUCCAACCCUAUAACCCGUGAAAUAGAUAGAGCUCCAGCCAGGAGCAUCGUGAAGAUGCUACAUGCCUGCGACAUCCAGAUGUUUCAGGAAGAGUCAGGAUUAGCCUAUGAGAAACUUCUGAGCAACCAAGUGGUGGAAACCUUAAUGAAGGUGGCAGAGAGAGUGCAGCUCAUUUUAGAGGAUCCUCAGGACAGCCUCAUCGUACUUAGUGGCUGUGGCACUUCUGGGCGCCUUGCAUUCUUCAUCACGUCAGGAUUUAACAGAGAGCUAAGGCGGCUGAACCAGAGUGCGGUCUGUUCAUACAUCAUCGCAGGAGGAGACAGAGCUCUAUUUUCCUCCCAAGAGGCUCCAGAGGACGACCCCAUAUUGGGCUCGCUCAGUCUCAGAAAGGUAUCUGAGGGAAAGAAGAGAGUCCUGUUCAUUGGCAUCUCCUGUGGAUUGUCUGCUCCAUUUGUGGCCGGUCAGUUGGAUGUCUGCCUACAGCAUCCUGAUGUCUACACGCCUGUAUUGAUAGGCUUUAAUCCUGCACAUCAGGCCAGGAAGGAGCCAAUACCUGGCUGCACGUUCACAUUUCAUAGUGUGGUGAAAGAGCUCUCCAAAAUGCAAAAGGCUUUCCUCAUCAACCCAGCACUCGGGCCGGAAGCCAUCAGCGGCUCCUCGAGGAUGAAGGGAGGCAGCGCCACUAAGAUUCUCCUGGAGGUCGUCUUUUCUGCCGCUCAUGCUGCCAAUUUCUCAAAAACACCCAUCACAUACAAUGGGAUUCUGCAGCGCAUGAAAUCUUAUAAACAAGCUCUGGACAUCACAUACUCACAAGCAGAGGGGAUUGCUGCUCUCAUGGAGGCUGCUGGACACAGUUUGCAGUGUGGGAGGCGGGUGUGUUACCUGGGCUGGGGCUCCCUCGGUUUGCUGGGCCUCAUUGACGCCAGUGAAUGUAAACCCACUUUUGGAGCAGACUAUGAAGACAUCAGAGGCUUUGUCAGCGGAGGCUACAAAGAGCUGGGCAACAAAGAGGGUGAUUUAAAUUUGAUGGGUUGUGAGUUUGGUAUCACUCAUGAUGACUUUCUGAACAGCGUCCUGCCUUGUCUCACUGACAAGGACAUGGUUCUGCUUCUGUACUCUCAUUCUGAUGAUGUCGACGGGGUGGCAAGGCUGGCGCGCAGAGUGAGGGACAAGACAUCUAACAUCCAUUCUGUUUAUCAUCAUGCUGAUGGAGACACCAACGAACAACAAGAUGAAAUAAAUAAACUGUGUUCAUCCGCCCUCAAUUUCACAUGGCCCCAAGAAACAACUGUCUUCAUUAGUUUGCAGCACAUGCAGUGGGAGCUGUCCACCAAGCUGCUUUUGAACGCAGUGAGCACUGGAGCUCACAUCUUCAAGGGAAAGGUAUACCAGAACUACAUGAUCAAUCUGCAAGUCACCAACAGCAAGCUCUACCACAGAGCCACACGAUUACUUCAGAAGCUGUCUGUUCGAUCGGAGUCACAGUGUGAGGAAGCCCUGUUGAAGGCAAUCUAUCAAGUGGACAAACUCACAGAGGACAUGAUGACCUACCACUUAAAAACACAUACUGACGCUGCCGGAAAAGGCGAGAAGGUUGUUCCAUUGGCUCUGGUUUGCUUGCUGACUGGCUGCUCUGUAAAGGAGGCGAAGUCUCUAUUGGAGCGCAAGGCAAUCAUCAGAGAGGCCGUAGAGGAAUGUUUGCUAAAACACACCUCAUCAUCAGGCUUGCUCUGAUCAUCUAAUAAUGAACUCUACUGAGAGUUUAUACCUGAAGAUACGUGAACAAGAAGCGGUUAAUCUAAAUUAUAUUAUAAAGAAUAUGAUGGAACUGAGAUCAAGUCAGUAAGCAGUAAUUGCAUAUUAUCAUUGUUUAGUACGAGUGUUAUUAAAUAUAUUCCUGCUGAAAUAUCUGGUAGGUUGUUUUGGUACGACCAAUGAAA